AUGCAUCUUUAUAGUGAAAGAGUAUUUUAUUCAGAUGACAAAAGCACAACAAUGUCCAAUGCAGCUUUAGAUGUUCGUCUUAGACGGCAGAUGCCAGUGACUGCAAAGCCACCUAGAUUACGGCUGGGGAUUCGAUCAUCAUUGCAGAGUAAAUGCCUACAGCAGGAUAUAAGUCUGAAUCAUGCUUCACCUGUUGCCUCUGCUGAUAGAUUUAGCACAGGCCUUUUCCAAAGAAAGGGUGCUCUUGUUAUGCCUGGUGAUAGUACCGAUAAUCGAAGGAGAAUUAGUAAUGGCAUCAGACCACUAAUUCAUCAUCAGAGGCAGAAUCUAAAGAACAGGUUCUUGUUGGUGAAAACCCUUGGUGAAGGAGCGUAUGGAAAAGUGAAGCUGGCUACAGAUAAGGCAACUGGAGAGCAUGUGGCCAUCAAAUACAUCAAGAAGACAAAGAUAGAAGACGAAAACGACCUGAUCCGGAUUAGAAGAGAAAUCCAGAUUCUGUCCAGCCUCAGACACAAGCACAUCGUGAACAUUCGAGAAGUGUUUGAGAAGAAAGACAAAAUCGUGCUUGUAUUGGAUUAUGCCCAAGGAGGAGAACUGUACGACUAUCUCAACAAGAUGGGAAGACUCUCAGAAAAUGAGGCCAGGAGGAUUUUCCGCCAGAUCGUGUCUGCCAUCCACUAUUGUCAUCAGAAUGGUAUUGUCCAUCGAGACCUGAAAUUGGAGAACAUCAUUUUAGAUGAUGAGGGAAAUGUGAAGAUUGCAGAUUUUGGUCUGUCCAACUACUACAGUAACAGCAGCACACUGAGUACUUUCUGUGGGAGUCCACUCUACGCUUCGCCUGAAAUAGUCAACGGGAAACCCUAUCAUGGACCUGAG